UCAAACAAGAAUGAUAUUAAAAGAGAAGUAUUUAGAAUUUGUAAAAUCAUAAUGAAUAUAGGUGAUUAUAAUCUUGAACUCACAGAACUCACAAAACUUCACAAAAAAAUUUUUUUUGUAUUAGAAUUGGACAAUAUUAAUACUCAG